CUCAAUGCUGAAAACACUACUCGCACGAUGAAUGCUACCAUCGACGAGGUCUUCUUCGACGAGUGCACUGCGGGCGCUUACCGUGCUCCACCUGAGCUCAGUCAGAUCUGGGAUGUCUACGACUUUUGGGCAAACCGUAUGUCUGAGGCUGAGGCUGGCGCUGUUCUGGCUGGUAUGAACGGUACUACUGUACAAAUCAGCAGCAACAGCACUACCAGGUUCAACACGACUGCUAUAUCGUAUGCCGACGGUGUUGAGACCAUGCACCCUGCGCUCUGGGGUCAGCAAGUUGGCACUCUUGCUUCUGGUGGCCGUUUCGAGGCUGAGAUUGAGAGGCACUCGGUUGGUGUGUACAGGCUUAAAUCUCAGGAGGCGAGCCAUGAGGAAAAGGGAUGA